UUAUUGUACCAUGUUCUUUAAAGGGUCAAUGUUCUUCCGUGACUGGACAUUCUCCAUGCCCAAUGCGAUCAGAGGGGUCCGGGGCUCAUGCGUGGUCAUUCCCUGCAAUUUUGACUUCAAAACCACACCGCCUCCCAAUGUCAAUGUGAAAUGGUACAAAUUCUCUGAUACACAGUAUCCUUUAGUGUACGAUCAAUCAGCACAGAAUGUUAUCACCAAGUUCAGAGGGAAGACGAGCUUGUAUGGAUCUCCAAAUGAGGGAAACUGUAGUUUGAAGAUCCAGCCUCUUGAAAUGCAGCAUAACCAGGAGAGACUGUAUCCAUGGAUGGACCCAAAGCCUAUUGAAACGUACCACAGAGAAAAUUACCUUGAUGUAACCAUUGCCCUUGAAGUAACAGAAACUCCUGACAAACCUGUGAUUUCGGAUCUUCCUGAAGAGCUGGAGCCAGACAAGCAAAUCACAAUUAACUGUUCUGUCACCCACACGUGCCCCUCACAACCCCCAACUAUAACCUGGAGUAUUCCAACUGCCAAGAAAGUGGUGAGCCACACGGAGACAAGUGCAGGCCAGUGGAAAACAAUCUCAACAGUUACUUACGUACCAACUGGCUAUGAAGAGGAAGAAGACCUCAUUUGCACAGCUUCAUUCUGGAGAGGAAAGAAACAAGAGAGUUCAGUCGAGCUUCCUGUGAAAAGUUAUGAGGGGCUGAGAAUGGAGACCAUAGGACCUUACAUCCUCGCACCUUUGUUUCUGGUUUUACUUCUUGGCGUAGCUAUAGCUGGAGCUAUCAUUUAUAGGCGGCGCAGCAUCUGGAGCCACUUUUCCAGACUCCCAGAUCAGAUGGUGCGGUACAAUGAAAUGUCUACAUCUACAGAAUUAAUAAAACCCAAUUUUUCAACACCAGAGAGGUAA